CUCGCUGGUCCGCGGCUAGAGAAGUUCCUGUCUUCACCAUGCCGAUGAAAGGCCGUUUCCCUAUCCGCCGUACACUGCAGUAUCUGGGUAGCGGAGACGUGGUAUUCAAGGAGUCGGUGAAGGUCAUGACCGUGAACUACAACACGCAUGGGGAACUGGGCGAAGGUGCCAGGAAAUUCGUGUUUUUCAACAUCCCUCAGAUCCAGUAUAAGAAUCCUUGGGUGCAGAUCAUGCUGUUUAAGAACAUGACGCCAUCGCCCUUCCUGCGGUUCUACCUAGAAUCUGGGGAGCAGGUCCUUGUAGACGUGGAGACGAAGAGUAAUACGGAGAUCGUGGAGCACAUAAAGAAAAUCUUGGGCAAGAAAGAGGAGACCCUCAGGGAGGAGGAGCUGGAGAAGCAGCAGCGCUUUCAUCCAGGCAACUUUGGCCCCCGGAAGUACUGCCUGCGGGAGUGCAUGUGCGAAGUGGAAGGUCAGGUGCCCUGCCCUGGCCUGGUGCCCUUACCCAAGGAGAUGACAGGGAAGUACAAAGCUGCUUUGAAAGCCAAUACUUAGGUCUAAGCAAGGUUAUCUGGGAUGGACUGGUGGCAUCUGACUGGAGACGAAUUACACUGGUACCAUGAAUGAUGGAACUCCCUGCAAUGGAAAGACCAGCUUGCUCAUCUAUUUAAAGGACAUGGGAUGAAGGCUGGGAUUGCCAGCUGCUGAACAAAUAUCAAUAAAAGACUUAGUCUUCCUA